AGACCGAGCCUCGCGGCAGCGACAGCAACAGCAACAGGCGGCGGGCUCGGCGGGAGGCGGAGGCGGCGAAGGGGCGGGGAGCGCGAGGAGGAGCGAGCAGGCCCCGCGCCGCCGCCUGUUCCCCGCCGCAUGGACGAGCACCUCAGCCUCCUGCGCUCGCCGCCGCCGCCGCCCUCCGCCUGCCACCGCGCCCACCCGCCGCAGCACCCCGCGAGCGGCGGCGGCGGCGGCGGCGCCCACACGCUGGUGAAUCCCGGCUACGCAGAGCCCACCGCGGGCCCCGAGCUGCCGCCGGACAUGACGGUGGUGCCCGGGGACCACCUGCUGGAGCCGGAGGCGACCGACGGCGGCGGGGACCCGCCUCAGGGCGGCUGCGGUGGCGGCGGCGGCUGCGACCGCUACGAGCCGCUGCCGCCCGCGCUGCCCGCCGCCGGCGAGCAGGACUGCUGCGGGGAGCGCGUGGUCAUCAACAUCUCGGGGCUGCGCUUCGAGACGCAGCUCAAGACCCUCUGCCAGUUCCCGGAGACUCUGCUGGGCGACCCCAAGCGGCGCAUGAGGUACUUCGACCCGCUCCGCAAUGAGUACUUCUUCGACCGCAACCGGCCCAGCUUCGACGCCAUCCUCUACUACUAUCAGUCCGGGGGCCGAAUCCGCCGGCCGGUCAAUGUGCCCAUCGACAUCUUCUCCGAGGAGAUCCGCUUCUACCAGCUGGGCGAGGAGGCCAUGGAGAAGUUCCGCGAGGACGAGGGCUUCCUGCGGGAGGAGGAGCGGCCCCUGCCCCGCCGAGAUUUCCAGCGCCAGGUGUGGCUGCUCUUCGAGUACCCGGAGAGCUCCGGGCCGGCCCGGGGCAUCGCCAUCGUGUCCGUGCUCGUCAUCCUCAUCUCCAUCGUCAUCUUCUGCCUGGAGACGCUGCCCGAGUUCCGCGAUGAGAAGUACUACACCGCCUCUCCGUCGCAGGAGCUGUUCGAGACGGCCAGCAACAGCACGUCGGGGGCCCCCGCGGGAGCCUCCAGCUUCUCGGAUCCCUUCUUCGUGGUGGAGACUCUGUGCAUCAUCUGGUUCUCCUUUGAGCUGCUGGUGCGGUUCUUCACUUGCCCCAGCAAAGCCACCUUCUCGCGAAAUAUCAUGAACCUGAUAGACAUUGUGGCCAUCAUCCCUUAUUUCAUCACUCUGGGCACCGAGCUGGCUGAGCGACAAGGCAAUGGACAGCAAGCCAUGUCCCUGGCCAUCCUGAGGGUCAUCCGCCUGGUGAGGGUCUUCCGCAUCUUCAAGCUCUCCCGCCACUCCAAGGGGCUGCAGAUCCUGGGGCAGACGCUGAAGGCUUCCAUGCGGGAGUUGGGGCUGCUCAUCUUUUUCCUCUUUAUUGGGGUCAUCCUUUUCUCCAGCGCCGUCUAUUUUGCGGAGGCAGACGACCCCACUUCAGGUUUUAGCAGUAUCCCUGAUGCCUUCUGGUGGGCUGUGGUAACCAUGACGACCGUAGGUUACGGUGACAUGCACCCAGUGACCAUAGGGGGCAAGAUUGUGGGGUCACUCUGUGCCAUCGCUGGUGUCUUGACCAUUGCUUUGCCAGUCCCUGUGAUUGUUUCCAACUUCAAUUACUUCUACCACCGAGAGACAGAAGGGGAAGAGCAAGCCCAGUACUUGCACGUGGGAAGUUGCCAGCACCUCUCCCCUUCAGCCGAGGAGCUCCGGAAAGCGAGGAGUAACUCGACGCUAAGUAAGUCGGAGUAUAUGGUGAUCGAAGAGGGGGAUAUGAACCAUAGCGCUUUCCCCCAGACCCCCUUCAAAACGGGCAAUUCCACGGCCACCUGCACCACGAACAAUAAUCCCAACUCCUGUGUCAACAUCAAAAAGAUAUUUACUGAUGUUUAAUAUAUGAAACAAGUGACAUGCUGUGCCCAGUAUUGUGUGGAACGUGCCCUCUUGGUCUGUGUAUGCCCUUGUUUUAUACAUUUCCAGACCAUUCAUCAAGGAAAGGACAUGAAGAAGUGGAAAGCACACUUCAUUCUCCCUCUCCCUACUGCUUCAUACUGAAACAGGUGUCUGUUUUGCAAGUGGGCUGCAUUCUCUCAGCUCUCCUUUUUUUUUCCUGUCUCCCUCUCUUAAUAUUUCGAACAACAAACUUACUUUAAACUUGAUUUUUAGCACAUGCUCUGUAAAAAAAAAAAAGACAAAAAAAGAAAACCAAACAAAAAAACUGUACAUCCUGGAAGGAAAUGAAACUAAAGAACAGAGUAACUGUCUAACCUCAGAAUCCAAAGGCAGCUGUUUCUUUACUAAGUAAAGCAGGCACAUACUUAAAGGAUGCUUCAGUUUGAUGGACCCAUCAACAUUAUUGAAUAUUUAGUUCAAUUGCCAACACUGUGGAUAGGUGGAUAAAAAGUCUAUUUAGAACAAUGACUUGUAAACCCACCGUAGGUUUAUUUGUUUUCAACUGGAAUUUCUAUUUGGAAGCCCCCCUCCCGGAAUUUUAAGGAUCUCUACAACUUUGAACUAAGGGAAAUGCCCAAGAUGUCCCGAUCUGACUAAUUAGUUUAACUCUUUGGGGCUUGUUAAGCAUUUCGAAAGUAUUAGACUAAGAGAUUCCUAUGAAAUUCUGUAUGCAUUCCAGCUAACAUCUAUCAAAGUUUAGAAACAGAUGUUUUCAGUGCUGCUGAGAGAAACAAAAAAAUUUCCUAAUGCAUCUGAGAGAUGAGCUUCUGCAAUAUCACAAGAAGAUUAAAGUGGCAGACACUCCUUCCAGCAGAAGUUACUAAUUCGGACCUGACUGAUGCAGUUCCCAUAGCAACCCAUGUUUCCCGGGAAACCCGAAAAGGUUGUCAUGGCAUCUCUUGCUCUCUAGCCCCACCCCCUAGCCCCUGCUGUUUCCACAGUAACCUUUCCAGAUGGUUCCUACUUACAUGAUUUCACAAGGAAAACCACUGUUUGAAUAAACCGCACAAGUAAAGUCUGAGAAUCCAAAGUGGUGAAAUGAAUCACAAAAUGCAUAUUUUUACUACAGAAAAUCACUGAUGUCAUCCCAUAUUGACUGAAUUGAAAAGGAAAAUAUCGUCAUUGGAAUGUUAAAUAUACACCACAAUAAGCCAUGAUUUGAAUGAAAUGCCAGUAAUUAGGCAAUCAUUUUAAAAGAUGCUUCUCUACUGUUUUCUUUUCCCAAGAAGUUUCAAGCCAACAAAUGAAGUUAAAAAGCAAAUGUCAAAGUGUUCUACACAUAAACAGGUGAAAGAUUCAAUCAAUAUACCUGAAACCUUACUACAAGGGACCUUCAGACUUCCUCUUUAAAA